CAAUGAAUCUGGGAGAGUCUUAGCCGAGAGGAGCUAAUGCCUCUACGGGCGGUUUUAUUUGGGUUAUUGUAAAAUUUGAACAGAGUGGAGAAACGUAGUAAAAACAAGAAGAUUUCUUUGUGUUUUUACGGGUGGAUUUUCAUCAGCCCGAGUAAUUCCAGCCUGUUUUCGACUCUCGGGAGAGUUUAGUUUGUCUGCUCGACCGUAAUGUGGCUCAGGGGCUAAUCCUUGGACUUCAUUCAAUACUAAUUCAUCUCGAAGCGCUUCGUUUGGGCGAGCCGAACUCAUUUAACAACCACACACGAGAAUGACAGAAUACAAGCUGGUAGUUGUCGGAGCUGGUGGCGUUGGGAAAAGUGCACUGACCAUCCAGCUCAUUCAAAAUCACUUUGUAGACGAAUAUGACCCCACUAUUGAGGAUUCUUAUAGAAAGCAGGUUGUGAUUGACGGAGAGACUUGUUUGCUGGACAUUCUGGACACUGCAGGUCAGGAGGAGUAUAGUGCCAUGAGAGACCAGUAUAUGAGGACAGGAGAGGGCUUUCUGUGUGUAUUUGCCAUCAAUAACGCCAAAUCCUUUGAGGACGUACAUCUUUACAGGGAGCAAAUAAACCGUGUCAAAGACAGCGACAAUGUCCCGAUGGUGCUGGUGGGGAACAAAAGUGACCUGGCCUCUCGUACUGUAGAGACACGUCAAGCCCAAGAACUCGCCAGAAGUUACGGGGUCCCGUUUGUCGAAACAUCUGCCAAGACGCGACAGGGAGUUGAAGAGGCGUUUUACUCUCUCGUGCGGGAGAUCCGAAGAUACAAGGAGACGAACCGCAGCAAUAAGAAAAGCAAAAAGCACACACAGAGACGUUGUACUCUUUUAUAGCGAUACACGCGUACAGCCUCGCACUGCACCCCCCUGUGAUAGCAAUGCACUCAAAGUCGCACACAUACACACUUACACACACUACUGUAGCAUUACACAUACAUACACACACCAUUUCCUUUUCUUACCACUCUCUCUUACGCCACCAGCCUUUGAGGAAUAGGAACCUGACUGGCUGUCGUAUGUGUUUGUAUGUAUGUGCGCACGAGACCUCAGUGAGAAUCGAGCAACUGUGGAAUUGCUUCGGAAAAGGUGUAUUUUGACGUCACGUUAUCCAAUUCGGCUAGUCUCAAGUGGACUCGUCAACUUUGCGCUGCUGCUUUCCCUUCUGUGCUAAAAAGACCUGAUGUGUGUCAUAGUUUUACAGUCGUAUUUUAGAGUCACAGCAGCAAGGAAUCUUGACGUUUAUCAUGAAUGAAUGAGGUGGUGAAGGGAUAUACUUUAAGUUGGUAGUGGGUAACUUUUUUUUUUUUUUUUUUUAAGUAAGCCUGAUCAUGUCUCAUCUCUCGAAAACUUUGUGAGCCAGAUAGCACACCCUUGUGGUUGUUAACGGUGGUCGGGAAUGAGGAAGCUCAGAAGUCCCCUAAAGUUUUUGUGGUCUGUGGGAAAGCACAUUAGAACCCACGAAUAUACCACUAAUAUAAUGUUUUGUACACCUUAGGAAGUGUUUGCACCUCAUGCAUUGUGGGAUUUAUCCAGAAAUAUUUUGUGUACUUGCUAAAACGUGAUUUCGCCAUCAAAGGGGGUUUCUGUAGUUUUUGCCCUGUUAUUUUUUUAUACAAAAUUUACAUGUGAUAUAUUCGUCAUUAUCCCAGAAUCCAUUUCACCCCAAGUUUCUAUUGUUGUCAUGGCUUGGACUAAAACUUAGCUGUACACCUAAUGUAGCCCUUCUAUAAUUAUGAAAUUUGGAAAAAUCAAGCUCGCUUUUAUUUCUCCCAGCAGUGUUUUAUGGUAAAUUCCUGUAUUUUUGUAAAAGUUAAUAUUGAACCAUUUCAGUACAUAUACCAGCAUUGUAUUGGACAUUAACAUUUUGUGUAUUAUGAUGAAUUGUGUAAAAUGCCACUUGUUCUCACCUGUGAUGAGGCUUGGUUGGGAAAGGCAGGACAAUUUUUUUUUUUUUUUUUUUUUUUUUUUUUCUCCAGAUUAACAGGAGAGACAGUAAUCGUUUUGGUUCAGGCUAAACAUAUGACCAAAACGUGUGACUGAUGCAUUCCCUUUGCCACAAAGAUAACUGUAGUUAUAUGUUUUGUGAAUAAAGAGACUUUUGGCUAGA